AUGUCCAAGGAGGAGCCGGUAAUCCGUGUUCUGAUCACUGGUGCCGCCAGUCCUAGAGCAUACGCACUGGCAGGGCUUGUCGCCAACGGCAUGGCACUCGGUUCAAAGCAGCCAAUGAUCUUUCAUCUGUUCGAUGUGCCAAACGAGACCGGUAAAAUGGAAGGUUUAAUGAUGGAAUUGAUUGACUCAGCAUUUCCUUUGUUGCGUGAGGUGAUAACCACUUGUGAUCCGGUAGUCGCUUUUCAAGAUAUCUCAGUCGCCUUUCUAUUGGACGCCAAAACGCGCCCCUUUGACAUGACCCAACGUGAUCUUAUCGUUUUCAACGCCAAGACAUUCAAGGAUCACGGCCUCUGUUUGGAAAAUUUCGCGCGCAAAGACUGCAAAGUAAUAGUGCUCGCCUAUCCAGGCAAUACGAUGUGCUACAUCUGCGCCGAACACGCACCAUCAAUACCACGUGAAAACUUCACAGCAAACACACGCCUGAAUCACAAUCGCACUAUAGGCCACUUGGCAUACAAGUAUAAAAUGCCUCCCGUUAAUUUUAGGAAUGUCAUUGUUUGGGGUAAUCAGUCGCAGUCGAUGUACACGGAUUGCUCGAUAGCCAGUGUCGUCAUUGGUAAUAAGAGUAAUCGUAUCUUUGAAUAUAUGCCAGAUGAGAUCGCCUAUCUAAAAACUCAACUAGCCGAGCAAAUAGCAAAUCGUGGCACCGACAUUAUUGCAGCGCGUAAACUUCCAUCAGGGCUGUCGGCAGCGAAGGCUGCUUGCGAUCAAUUGCGGGACUGGAUUGUCGGUACGCCCCAUGGUACGAUAGUUUCGAUGACUGUUUCAUCGGACGGCAGCUACGGCACGCCGAAAGAACUUUUCUUCUCGCUACCCGUUGAGAUAACACGCGGCAAAUGGAGCAUUGUGAGAGGCAUUAAGCUGGAUGAGCUGGCAAGGAAUAAAAUUGACGCAAACACCAAGGAGUUGCUGCAAGAAAAAAUGCAAGCAAUUACGGAGCUGGGAGAUACGUAA